GGAAUCGGGGGCCGUACAGUGUUCAUCUACAUAGACAUAUAAGGCUUCGUCCAGACAUAGAUCGAUAUUAUUAUCUUUCAAGAUUUAACAACUUUGAACAACUUAACCAAAAAUUUCAAUCAUUACUCUCACUACGUCACAUAUCUCACUGCACUUAAGUUACACAUUUUUCUCAGCCAGCGAUACCCCAAAGAGAAAAUAUGAAGAACACCAACUAUGGACAACGAAUGGAUGGUAACAUGACAUCCGGGCAAAGAAUACAGGAUAAUCAAAAGUUUCUGGAGAAUGUCUAUCUUAAUCCAUUGCCACAAUAUCAGUCCAGCAAUUAUGUUGAUCCGAGUGAUGUCAUGUAUGACAGCCCAAGUCUACGGGGAAUAGACCCUUCACCGGAAACUCUUAGCCAGACUGACCAGGGGGACGAAGAAUAUAACUUUUCAUCGCCUAUUGGAAAUAAUUUGAGAAGAUCGUAUCCAGACCCACCAAAUUCAAAUACACCCACAGACCCGUAUUAUAUCCAAAAUAACUUGAAUAGCACAGAUGUUCCAGUCCUAGCACAACAAGCAAGCUUCGAAGCAUCAAUUGCUAUAUCCCGUGCAGUAGCUGGUGAAUCUAUCGCGGCAAAUAACUACAAUAGUAACCACGCCACUAUGAUGGAAGACCAAAGCCGUGAGAUUCCAAGCUCGAUUGACAGAGAAGUGCAUAGCACACAGAUUGACGAUCGGUAUGGAUAUUCUGAAUCGGAGGGCUCAUAUAGCGAGGUCCCAGAGACCAGAAAUUUUAGGAAUGAGGGAACAACUAAGAGAAAGCGCACACCUUGGACAAUGCGUGCUGAGUCCGCUUAUCCGCGUGUUUGGAUGACUGAACAAGAAAUGAAGCUUAUAGAUCCCGAAUAUGAGAAGAAUCCUCGAUUGGCCUUCAGAGAUAUGACAAACGCUAAGAAUGGGAUGAAGUCUUUCCAGAUAAACUGGGAUCAAGUAGAGGUACUGAAUGAACACCGUCGUAAUGCUGUGCAUCAGGAGAAUGAGCUUAUGAAGCGCUACGCUCCUGGAACAUACGUACCAAAUUUUGUGCCUAAGAUCUACUGCCCAAAGGGCAGACUUCGGGAAUGUCGUGAUGAGUGGUUGAGAAAGAAGGAAAUGGGAGACGUUUCGGAUUCCUGGACAAAUCGGAAAAGAAGAACGGCCGAUCAUAAACGGUACCAACCUGAGCUAAAGCGUGAGUCUACCCAGUAGUCUCAUCGCAAUUAAUGAGAGGUUAGUAUGCGAUAACUGAUCGAAUGGCAAAUCCGGAGCUUAAAUAUCACCUGGAUACAAUCGUGGCCA